AUGCUCAUAUCCAUUCAUAUUGUAAAACAGCUAGUAAACAAAUAUAAAAUGUCUGACUACGAGAGACUCCAAGAAAAGGCUGGCCACGCUUUUGAAGAAGCCACUAAACUUCUUAAUGAUCGCAGCAGCUGGGAAGAAGUCUCUUCAGACCAAAAUGCAACUGUAAGCAAAAUUAUGACUGAGGGUGGAAUCAAUGCACUAAAAGUAGACUGCUUUUACAAUGGAAAUUGUGAAGCCUCUGUCAAUUAUGCUUACAGCCACUGGGAAGAAAUGGAGCUUACCCUUGGAGAUAUGAUGGCCGAUAUGAGAGUUUUACAAACCUUUGAGGACGGAAGCAAACUUAGAAUUGAAAAAACAAAGCCAAUGGGCCCAGUUUCAGCAAGAGAAGCUUAUAUUUAUUCUUGCAAGCAGCAAUUAGAUGAAAAUACCUAUGCGAUUUUAUCGACAAGCUCACCACUUGAGCAUCCUUUAGCAGAAGGCUUUGUGAGGCCAGAAAUUUCUUUCGCCCUUCAAUUGUUCCAGCCUGUAGGAGGAGAUAUGUCUAAGACAAAUUUGACAGUCAUAGAAUUAGUAGAUCCAAAAGGGAAUAUUCCUACCGUGAUUAUCAAUCAUGAGUUCAUGGAUUUAAUUAAUAUUUUUAUAUAUAUUACUAAAUUAUAAAGAGAAUUCUGUAUUAUUACCAUAUUAUAUAAUUUUAUAAAAAUAAGAUUUUGCUUUUCAAAAAGAAAAAUCAUAAUAAUUAGCCAUUUUUAUAUAAAUUAUUUAAAUUUUAAAAAAAAUUUAUUUUAAUCAUGUUAUUACAGACAGAGUCGUAUUCUACACCAAGCUUGUCGAGCACCUUAAAUCUCGCUAA